AUGAAUACUAAAGUAUUUGGAAUCAUUGGAGGUAGUGGUAAAAUUGGAAAACUUGUGUGUAAAUGUUUGAAAAUGGGAUUUGGUGCUCGAGUCAUGGUCUAUGAUUCAUUCAAAGAUCCAGAUUUAGUCAAAAUGGGAAUUGAAUUUGUGGAUGUAUUAGAUGAUUUGUAUGCACAAGCAGAUGCCCUGUCACUUCAUUGUCCACUCAUUAAGGGUGUGACUGAACACAUGAUUAAUUCCAAUUCCAUAAAAAAGAUGAAAAAAGGUGUCAUGAUUGUCAAUACAGCUCGAGGUGGUCUCAUUGUCACUGAAGAUGUGAUUGAUGGCUUAAAGAGUGGUCAAAUUGGAAGUCUAGGACUUGAUGUCUAUGAAUUUGAACAUGAAUUGUUUUUUGAAGAUCGAAGAGAACAAAUUAUUAUCGAUGAUACAUUUAUGAGAUUAUUAACUUUUCCCAAUGUCAUUGUGACACCCCAUCAAGCAUUUUUCACGAAUGAGGCCAUCAAUAAUAUCGCACAGACUACUUUGGAAAGUUUGUACAGUUUCGAAGCAAGUGGAGGUUUCAUUACACCCAAUGUUUGUUUGAAUGAAUAA